GAGUCUGGUUGUUCUUAGGGUUCUAAGCGUAUGGCGUGCGGAUUUGUGCGGGCUUUUUUGUGCGGAUUGAUUAUACGCGGUCAUGGUGUUGUUAUUAUGCCUCCGCCGCGCUAGUCACUUCUAGUAACUUCUCUCAUUCAAGCAGCAAACACUCCGGCCUUCACCAUUCCGUCCACUACCCACCUUAUCUCUAACCUCUUCCCUUGACGCCUCCAGCAACCUCAAUACGCCGAGACCAUGUCUCUCAAAAAGGGUCAUCCAGGCCUUCCGCUGAAAGCUCAGCGGACUCGUGACGCUCCGGCAAUUGAAGUGCACAAGCUUGUGGUCGGUAUCGACUUCGGCACGACCUUCACGGGUGUCAGCCACGUUUCCACCGCAGGCGCUCACGAGAAGACUCUUGACGACGUGGAGGCUAUCAAUGACUGGCCAGGCUUUGGUAGAGAUGGCGACUUUGCGAUGAAAACACCAACUCGUCUAGCGUACAGCGAUGACCCAGCCGCGCAAAAUCCAUGGGGCUACUACGUCCGUCCCGGUAUGAAAUCCUAUUCCUGGAUGAAGCUCUUGCUCGAUCCUACCCAAGCCAGCAAGUUCGACGACCCUGGUCUCGCUGGCAGCGAAGGUUCCGGUGUCUUGCGCAAGCCUCUGAACAAGACUGCUGUCGACGUCUGCGCUGAUUACCUUACUGAGGUUGCUAAGUAUGCUUGGAAGGCACUAACAAAGCGCUACACCAUAGAGGUUCUAAAGGCUACUCCGAUUGAGUUCUGGUUGACCGUGCCCGCUGUCUGGAGCGACAAGGCAAAGCACGAUACUCUGCGGGCUGCCCGCAAAUCUGCGAAGCAGGCCAAGCUUGAAUGCCACCCUGACAGCCAGAUCUUCCUCAUCCGUGAGCCAGAAGCCGCUGCUGUCGCCGUAUUGUCGGACAUGACGAAGGGCGCUUCCGAAGAACAGAUCAAGGUUGGCGACAGUGUCAUGAUCAUCGACUGUGGUGGAGGCACAGUUGAUAUCACAACCUACGAGAUCUCCAGCAUUGACCCGAAGCUGACCUUCAAAGAGCAUUUGGUCGGUACAGGUGGCAAAUGUGGAUCCACGUACAUUGAUCGUGAAUUCAUCAAGUGGAUGACCGAGAAAUUCGGGUCUGCCUACACUGAUCUCAAGUGGGAGCUUCGAGGACCAGCCAGCAGGCUUAUGAAAGAGUUCGAGAGCUACAAGCGAGACUUUGGCAAGUCUGACGACGCCGCUAUGUAUGCCGAGCUUCCGAUUGCGCUGAAAGACGCCCCAGAGUCCGCUUGGUAUGACGAGCUCGACAACAUAGUCAAUGUCUUCCCAGCGGACUUCAAAGAGAUGUUCAAGCCGGUAGUAGAGAAGAUUCUGGCUUUGGUGGAAAGCCAGCUUGAUGAUGAGCGCCGACAAGCUGGACACAACACAAUCAAGACUGCGAUACUUGUUGGAGGGUUUGGAGAUUCUGUCUACCUCUAUAAUAAGAUGCGCCCCUGGCUGCUCGCUCGUGGUGUGAAGCUGAUCAACCCAAAGAACGCGCAAUCUGCUGUUGUGCGUGGCGCUGCGCUGAGUGGUCUCAAGAAUAUUCAGCCUACAUCUCGUCGCUCGCGUCUACACUAUGGCUGGUCAUGUACUGAGGCAUUCGAUGCAAUGCGCCACGACGUUCGCGAUCUGUUCGUCUCCAGUUGGGAUGGCUCUCCACAGGCGUCGGGCAACAUGCGGUGGCCACUGUCGAAGGGUGACCUUGUCGAUGAGUCAACCGCUAUUCAGUUCGCAUUCCGCGUGGAGCUCUCCUCGGACAAAGUCAACGACUCCUACCUCCUGAAAUUGUACUGUAGCGGCGAAAACGACGCCCCGUACUUCGAACGCGAGACUGGCGUUCAGAAUAUGGCAACCAUAUAUCUUAACUUCAGAGGUGUCGACAUGAGCAGCUUCGAGUCUCGAAUUUUUGGUGGCAGAAGCAUGCGCCGUGUUUAUUGCGACAUCACCGUAAGCUUCGGUCACCGCCGCGGAGUGCUGGUCUUUUCGUGCACAGUGAAUGGAAAGGAAAUUGGCAAGACGGAUGUGAUCUUCGAUGGCCAAGGGACCGCAGAUGCUUCAGGGAGCUGCACCGACAGCUCGAUGGCGUCUCCUUCUUGCGCCUCACAGUAAGGCGCAUCACAGACCUCAAG